CGACCUUACUGAGCGGCUCAUCACACCCUAGCAUCCAGUCCAACCGCCCACCAUGCUCUUCUUCAGUUUCUUCAAGACGCUCAUCGACCACGAGGUCACCGUCGAGCUCAAGAACGACAUCCAGAUCCGCGGCAUCCUCAAGAGCGUCGACCAGUACCUCAACAUCAAGUUGGAGGAGAUUUCGGUCGUCGAGGAGCUCAAGUACCCGCAUCUGAGCUCUGUCAAGAAUGUCUUCAUCCGUGGCUCCGUCGUUCGUUAUGUACACUUGCCUGCUGGCUCAGUAGACGUGCCCCUCCUGGAGGACGCGACGCGCAGAGAGGCUGCUGCUCAGGCCGCAAAGGCCAAAUAGGCUAUUGGUAAAAGAGUAGUAGGAGUUCAGAAUGACUCUUGUGAAUCAUGGCGAUAUGACCGGGGCACUGAAAAAGCCGGUUCUCCCAUGUGGUGGAAUGAAGGCCAAACCUCACAACUAGGUACACGUGCUUAACGAUAUUUUUGGCGUCUGGCAAGACCUGGUGUGGCAGCUCCUCAUGGAGUAUGAGAUGAGGGGAUAUGAUAUCCAGACAGAGAUCUACGAAACAAAUCAAACGUUCAACGGGAGUUGCGCCCGAC